CAUCCUCAUCUCCGAAGGAAGAUGAGCCACGUCUUGUAUGCAGUGUUACAUUCUCUCCUGGGCUUCUUCAUCCCCUCAGCCAACCUGCUGGUAAUUGUGGUUGUCUACAAACUAAUGAAGAAGCAGCAGGGCAGAAGCUACAUCUUCAUACUUAACCUGGCUGCUGCAGACCUGCUGGUGGGAGUGAUGUGCAUUGCAGAGGCACUGGAUGAUAUCCUGGAUGGAGACUUCGACAAGAAUUUAUCCUUUUGUCUCUUGCGGAUCUGCAUGAGUAUGACACCUUGCAUUGGCUCCAUUCUCACCUUGCUCUUGAUUUCCCUGGAUAGAUACCUGGCAGUGAAGCUUCCCCUUUAUUAUCCUGCCCUCUUGAACAAAAAACCCAUCAUCUUCUCUCUCACCAUCCUGUGGGCCAUCUCCAUCUUGUUUGGGCACAUGCCUUUGAUUUCUCCCUCCCUGCAGCAAAGCAACUACACGGGCUACUGUGGGCUCCUGUAUGCAGCCAAGAGUGACUACCUGUAUGUGACCUGCUUUGGGAUCUUCAUCCCUUCCUUGUUGGUCAUGAUCUGCCUGCACAUCUCAGUCGGGAGGAUUGCCUACUCACAGCACAAGCGAAUCUGGCGCACCUGCCUGCAAACAGAACCCCUCACUGCUCACCUCCGCCACUUCAAGGCACUGCGGACAGUACUUAUAAUGAUUGUCGGCUUCACCAUCUGCUGGGGACCUUAUUACCUGGCAGGCUUUGUGCAAGCUACUUGGGACUCCUGCAACCUGGCUGACCCGAUAACGGAGGUCUUAUUCCUGCUGGGAGAAAUCAACUCCCUCAUCAACCCCCUCAUCUAUGCUCUGUACUACAAAGAUAUAAGAAGCCAGCUGCCCAAACUGAUGUGCAAGAAGAAAGGUCAAGUAAAGCCUCUGGCUGUGGUUCACUUUAAUAUCCAAGCCCUUGAUGGUGUAUCCAAUGGAGAGGUUAAGAGACCCGAUUCAUCUGAGGUUCCAGUCCCCAAUGCUACUUUCUUCAACAGUUCUAGCCACUGCAAAAUCGUCUUCUCAGUGUCAUGAUCCAAAGCAGAGGAGAAGCUCUGCAUGAACCACCAGUGAAGUGGAAUGUGAGACUGACAGUUUUCUAGCGUAACAAACAAACAGCCGCCUGGACCUGGAGCACAUUGACUGGUAUCCAGAUUUACUAUUUUCCUUUUUGUCCUCCUCUGUGUUAAAAGGUAGCUGACCUGGCUGGGGGAAAAAUAAUCAAAACUUUGACAAAAAAUGGUGUGGGUAUUGGUGUUUUAAAAUAGCCUGUAACGGUUCUGUUUGGACAACUAAACUCUGCAAUAUUUUACAACCAGUGUUAUAAACCUCAACAUGCCCUGAGCCACUGGUCACUCUUGCUCAGACCUGGGUAAAUCAGGAGUAACUUCUUUUGAAGUUACGUAUUCACGAGGAGCAGUUACACACAGGAUCAUUUCCUGUGUGGGCCAAAGAGACUUUAUUUGCACUUGUUUAGGCAGCAGGUUAUUACUUUCUUUACUUUGUUUGGUGAAGUCCUUUUGUAUAUUCCUGUGCCAGCCACAUUCUGUGAAUGAGUGAACCUGUCAGCCUACCCAGCAGCUGUCUGUUACCAAGUGAAAAUGAGGCCAGGCUCUGUAUUUCCUCUGUAUCAAAAUAUAUUGUGCAUUAGCUAAACAACACAAUUCUGCUUUACCAUAUGCAAAUAUAUUUUCCUGAGCUUUUAAAAUAUAGCGGUGGUCAGAGGGCAGUGGCCAAGACUGGCUGAUGGUUUAUGUGGCUUCAGCCACAUAGUGCUCAGUGGAUUGGUGUCCGUAUCACACAUGCCACCAUAACGAACAUCAUUUGGCAAUCUUAGCAGUGGGGGCAAGGAUCAGGUGGGUAAGGAGCGUGAACCAUCCCUAUAAGAAAUCCCUCCUCGUUAGGGGUAGGAAUGCACUUGAAGGACAAAAUGGGAAAGCCUGCGUUGUUGCUACUGGUGUGCAGAGAAUGUGGUUAAGGCACUGGACAGGAUCUUGGGAGAGCUGGAUCAGUUCCUUGCUCUUUCACUGACAUUUUGUGUAUGAGAGAUCUUGGGCAAGUCACUUAAUCUCUCUGUGCCUCAUUCCCCAGCUGUAAAAUGGGGAUAUUAAUGCUUCCCUUCUGCAUGUCAGUGAUAGGGGUGUGAAGAUAA